GUACUUGUUUUCCUUGUUUAGGGUCGGAAUAGAAGGAUUUGUAUUUGUAAAAAAAAAGAAGUAAAUAUGUGUUGCUAAUAUUGUUAAUGCUAGUUCUCUUUACAUAUAGAUGUUAAAAACAAAGGCCUGUGUGUUGUUAAUUAGGAAAAAUGCGACAAAUAUAUGUAAAUGACUAACUAUGUUGAGUUUGUAAGAUGAGGUACGAAACUCGCUUAAAGUGAGGGUUUUAAUGAUUAUUCCGCCUCCUGCUACUGCUAGUAGGCUCCUCCCAAAGACCCUUUGUCACCUUGGUCAAACUCACGUACUAAGGAAUAGUUCCUAGUUUCUCUUGUUAGGUUCAACCUAUCAUGCAUAUGUUUGUAAAUUUACUUUUGCAUGACUAUUGUAUUGUUUUUUUUCCAUUUUAGUAACAUUAGUAUAUGUCACUAAUAUUUGUUAUAUAUAAUAUAUAUUUGGUGGCACAUAUAUUUGCUUGCAUUUGCAUAGUAGGUCUUUGGUUAUAACUAUAUAUACCUUUAAAUAAAUAAUAAUUUUAUGUCAAAUUAAAUAAUCUUUACAUGGUAAUUACGAUGCAUUUUUUAAUAGGCAAGUUUUGAACAUGAUUCGACGAUCUCAUGACAAGAUUUCUUGUCUAAAAUGUUAGAUUGGAAAUAGUAGAAUUAAUUCAUAAAAAAAUAGUAGAAUUAACAUUUGUAUAUUAUUAUCUUUAAGAGUUACAUGAAAUUACAAAUACGUCGCACGUCUAAGAUAGGAUAAAUAAUUCACAUUUUGGUGAGAUUUAGUAUAUAUAGUUUAUUUAAUGUAUAAUCCAUGUAUUUUCUACAUUUUUCAAAUCAUGGACCCUUAAAACUAACACAUUCUUACUAUACACAUAAUCUUAACACACGCAUUCUUGUAAUACAUCAUUUUCGUAUUCAAAGGUUGCAAACGACCCCGUAUCUGAAAUCACAAAUCGAUUUAAUUCAAAAAGUGUCAUUGUUUCUUUAAUUAUAUGCAUGAAGGUGAACCGUUGGAUAUAGAUGUAUAGAAUUAUAUAGGCUUACUUUCCUACGAAACCCGGGGCAGAGCUACAAUCUAGGGUGGGCCCCAACUGCGGGGAUUGGUCUCGACUCCUAGGUUAUUAAGGAUAUUUAGUAUAGAUUUUAUAAGUAGAACUUGUUCUGUAAAUUUUAUCAUGAAAUAGUUAUGUAAUCUAAUGGUAGUCAAAUUUAACUUGUGUCUUAAAGUACACGGGUUUGAUCAGGGGCGGACCUAGGUUGAUCAAUUUUAGAACAAAAUUUCUUUGUAAAGUUUUGAUUUAUUAAUGGUGGUAUUUGAACUCAAGACUAUUUGGCAAUCCUUGUUAAUUUUGUUUCAUUGUUGAACAGUGAACACCCUCAAUGUAAUUCUUGGGUUCGCCACUGGGUUUGAUCCAUAUUGGUUACAUAAUUUUUUUUAAAUUAUUUUUGACUCUCGAUCUCGAAAUCAUGGCUCCGUCCUUGUAGGAAACAAAUAUAUUAGUGUAAAAGGGUUAUCAUUGCUUAUGAAGGUAAACUUUUGAUUUAGAUGUAUAGAUUUCUAUAAAUGUCUUUUGUUUUUUUUAUUGCGAUUUCUUCAGAUGUCUUACUUUCUUGACAAACAAAUAUAUUAAUACAAAGAGUACGUGGGGUGUGAAUAAUUGAAGUAUUUAAGGUUUCUGGGUGAAGUAGCUACGUAAGCCGUACAGCUACGUAAUGCAGCUUUGCUUCCAGUUUAGCUCUCGUGUGCUCUGUUCUUUCACAAAGUCAGCUCUUUAGUAUUAGAGAUGAACCAAAUCGCAUAUAGAGAUGUAGGUAGAGUUCGCAAAUGAUUUGUAUCUAUAAAUUGUUCAAUUGAAUUGAUUUGUAUCAUACGGAUUGGAUUGUUGGAUCCAUAGAUUAUAUGGAUUAGAUCAAAUGGAUUAGUGAGUUCAUGUAUUGGAUCAAAUGAAUUGGUGGAUUGGACCAUAGAUCCAAGUGGCAUAUAGAUAUUGGACUAAUUUGUAAAAUUAAAAAAAGUUUGGUACUAAAAUGUCAUAAUAAAAAGUUUAGGUAAAAAAUGUAAUUUCCAAUGAUAAUUUAUUUAUAAAAAAUAAAUUCUAGGUGCCAAAUUGUAAAAUAUAUAUGUACUAAAUAUAAUCUGCCAACAAUCUAUGAAUCUACAAUCCAAUUGGAUUUGGAUCAAAUGGAUUGUAUUAGUUGGAUAUUUAAAUGGAUGGAUUGAAUUGAAAAUUGCCACCUCUACAUGUAACUUGAUGAGCAAAGAAACUUGUAUUCGGCCCAACAUGUGGCAUAAUCAACAGUGACCCAAAUAUCUAAUUUAUACGUGACCCAAUCAACCCGCAACCUGAUUGUUUCGUACCAUACCUCAAUUGUCUAGUAAUGCAACGAACACUUCACGGAAUAAGAACACACGAACCUGCCACUUCAAACACUCGAGGAAUUCCGACAAUUGAGAGUAUCAAGAGAAUCGUGGGGACCAAACAGUGCAUUCGGUCUCGCUGUGAUUCGGUUUGGUUCAGCCCAAAUGUCAAUUUGGUCCAUUUAUUUUCCGCAUUUAUAAAAUUUAUAAGAUCAAAUAUCGAACCAUAUUAUAUUUGAUUCGGUGUGCUAGGAUCCAAACAUCAGUUUGAUCCGGUACAGACCAACUCAUUGCACACGACGCUCAUCUGCAGCUACAAGUCUACAACGCCAUGGUGGUUCUGGGCCUGAGUUCAGGUCCUUAAGGCCUAAUCCUUAAGGAGAAACUUAAAUGAAUUCUAUUGGUUGCUGGGUUUUUAGUUAGUUGUAGGAAGUUAUAUGUUAAUUAGUUAAUAAGGGUAUUUAGGGGAUUUUAAUUAAUAUUAAAAUUAUAAUAUUAACCCUAAUAAUCAGUUUAUCCACGUGUUGGCCAAUUUACCCAACCCUAAUUAGUAUUGAAAUUCCAUCUUUUGUUCCUCCCUUCCCGAUUACGACACUAAGUAUCUUCGUUCGACGUCGACGCUCCCGGUUUCUGCAAGGACCUCUUCUUCCCCACUCAUGCUAUGCCGGUUGCUUUGCUGGACGUCGGCAGGGCUUAUGGACCUCCUCUUCUCCGUUCCUGCUACGUCGGCUGCUUCGUUGGAUCGGCCGGAGCUGCGGAGGCCUUCUUGAAGACCCACAACGUCAACUUCUUCCAAAGGCCUUCCGCCCACUCCGUCGACAUCCUCGCCUACGGCUGCACCGACAUCGUGUUCGCCCCCUACGGCGACUACUGGCGCCAGCUCCGCAAGAUAUGCAACGUCGACCUACAUUAUUAACAUUGUUCCACUUUCUGCAUUUUAACAAAAAAACUAUUUUCAAUAAUAUUAAGCUACAUUAUUAACAUUUUAAGUCUCGCUAUUAUCAUUUUAACCUCUGGUAUUAACAUUUUAACUUAUGUUAGUAACAUUAUAAUAAAUUAUUAGCUAUACUUUCAAUAGUAUAAAUCUAUAUUAUUAACAUUUUAACUUUCCUUAUAUAAAGAUGGUUUCAUUAUAACUUACGUUAUUAAUAAUUUAAACUGCGCCAUUAUCAUUUUGGCACAUGUUAUUAACAUUUUAACCCACAUAAUUAAAAAAGAGCUUUUUAUUUUAACCUACACGUUAUUAACAUUUUAAGCUAUGUUAUUAUCAUUUUACUUUUAGCCAACGUUAUUAACAUUUGGUUCUCACUCUAACUCUCAUUACUAACAUUUUAACAUUCGUUGCCUAUCUUUUCCCUUACAUUAUUAACAUUUUAACCUACGUUAUUAUCAUAUUAACCCACAUUAUUAACACUUUAACAAAUUAUUGUUACACUUUCAACAUGCAUUAAACUACAUUAUUCACAUUACAAAUUCUUUCCAUUUUAUUCUAUGUUAUUAACAUUUUAAGAUACAUUAUUAUCAUUUUAACCAAAGUUAUUAACUUGUCAUUCUAACUUACAUUAUUAACAUUCGUUAUCUAUAUUUACCCUUACGUUCGUAACAUUAUAAGAAACGCUAUUAUCAUCAUCAUCACCCAUCACGCCGAGCAUGGGAAGCUGGUGGCGACGUCGACGGGAAUCUGACGAGAAGAUGAUCGCGACGGGGAAACGACGACGACCAGGCAACCGUGACGGCGGGUUUGCAGACGGAACGACGACGUGAUCGUGACUUGACGACGACGAUAUUGCAAACGAGGAAACCAAAACUAAUACAGCCGUGAUUUGACAACGACGAGAUUGCAGACGAGGAAACCUAAACUGACGCAGCCGUGACUUGACGACGACAUGACCCAGCCGUGAUGCAGUGGCUCCGAGGUCGGGAUUGCACCCGGAACGCGAUGGCUAGCCGGCGACGGGUUUGCAGCCGUUUUAGGGUUCGGAGGAGGCCGAUUUUUUCGAUAUUAAUUUUCAAAUCAAUAGUGAGGUAUCACAAACAUGGUUUCUGCCAUUUUCCAUUUCAAUUAUUAAUCACAUUAAAUUUUUAUUAUAUUCCAGUUUUACCCUUUUAGGUAGUUAACUAAUUAUUACUAAUAUUUUUCUCUCCCCUUCUCUUAUUGGCUGGAGAUGGUUUAAGAUCUUCCUUAAGGAUUAGACCUUAAGGACCUGAUCUGACCCGGUGGUUCCGCGGGCCAUGAAAAUCGAAUGGGCUACUAACUCUAUUAAUUUCGUUGGGUUUUGGGCCCAAGGUCACUAAUAUGAUCAUUUGUGAGAUGGCCAAAAGGAAACAGCCCAACAUUUUGCUUCGAACAUGAGAAGAAGAAAAGAAAUGGAAAAAAAAAGAAGGUUCGAGAAUCGAGGCUCGACCGUCCAAGAAAAUAAACAAUUUAUUCAUUU